UAUGAGUGCCGGAGCACGGUUUCUUCUUUUCGUAAAGGCGGCAAGUGACGGAGAAAAUGUUGGUGACUGUCCGUUUUCACAAAGAGUAAUGAUGUAUGCGGGCCUCAAAGUACCAAAUAACGAACUGGAGAUAAAACCGGUAGACCUUAGCAAUAAACCCGAGGAUUUCCUAUUACUUAAUCCCGAAGGAAAGGUUCCAGUGCUGAUUGACCGAAAGAGGGAUAACAAAAUUAUCUCUGAUUCUGCAGAAAUAACCAGGUAUAUUCAUGAACAAUAUCCAGACUUAGACUGUCAGCAAGAUUACAGUGGUCCUGCUCUAGAUGCUUGCUCGGGUGUCUUCCCUAAGCUUGCUGCUCUUAUAAAAAACAAAGACCCCUCUCAAGUAGACACGCUGAGGCAAAACCUGAUAUCGGAGUUAAAGAAAGUGGAAAAUUAUUUGGGUGGCGCUGAUCAUAAAGGAAAGUUCCUGCUGAGCGACAGCCUAUGUGAGAUAGAUUGUAUGUUUCUCCCUAAAUUACGUCACGUCAUGGUUGCUGGAAAACAAUAUGGCGGUCUCGAAAUUCCUGAUGAAUUCAAACAUUUAAAAGAGUACAUUUCAAAUGCAGAACAAAGCGAAAUUUUCAUUAGAACAAAUUGUCCUGAGAGUGAAAUAAUCCAUGGUUGGAAAAAGCAUACACAAUAGACAAAGAUAAAGAGAAAUAAAAAAGCAAUACGAAAUUUCA